GCCAGCGCGAAUGGGCUCAGUGUUAGCUUCGGUAUCCAUUGAUCCUUUCGACAUUGGGUUCAGGGAACAUUUCGACUUCUCGGCCGCAUAAGUGCGAUGGCUGAGGACGCAAAGCAACUAUUUUCGACGGAAGAAUGGCUCUCCUUCCCGGAGAUCGAGAAGAAUCGCUUCGAGAAUAUCCUGAGAAACUACAAAGCGAUGAAAGACAUCGGACUGGACCCCAAGCUCCCGGAGUUCGUCCUGCAACAACAGAGGAAGCGACGCAACCGGUUCGUCGUGCCCACAGCCAGGCCACCUCGAGUCCUCGACUACGAUGGAGACGACGAGCGGACGCCCGAGAAGGAGAGAUCUAGCAGUUGCAGGUAUGCAAACAAAAAUGGAAGCGUAGGCGGUGGAAGAAGAGGCGGUCAUAAGGGGAAGGCAGAGUGGAGUGCUCCAGCUUGGGCCAGGAGUGAGAACUACGAUGAUGCGCCGCUCAGUGUAGACCAAGUAGAUGUUAUACCGUUGUGGACUCCAGCCAAGUUGGUGGCAGGUGCAAAGGGCACUGCCAAGAUAGUGCUAACAAUAGCCGACAGGUCAAGUGGAGAUUCCGCUGUGGAAAAUGUUCAGCCAGCGGACAAGUGGAUCUCUUCCGUUCCCAUGUUACAGUUGGCAACAAAUACAGAGACAGUAGGAGUGAUGGAGCAUCCAGCUGAGACUAAAACGCUUGGUGUAGGAUCAGAUGAAGAGGGUCGGGGAAACAGCUGUUUUUCAGGAGAGAAGUCCAAGACGCGGUGCCAAAGACAUCGUAGCAGAAGGAAGCUGUUUUAUGAAGAGCACAUUACUAAAGAUGACGAUUUUAUUUAUUGCGCAGACUGUGAAGAAGAGAAAGAGAGAGAGUGUCCGUACCACCCAUUGUUCCUUAUUCUGGAUAACCCAGUUGUUCGAGACGGCAGCGAGAAAGAUCGUGCUCGCCUCACAGCCCCUUGGCCCCUCACUGUGUACGACUCGAAAGUGAAGGGGGCAGCAAAAGGCGUGUGGACCAAUGCUCAUCUCCCAGCCCAUCUUGUGUUUGGUCCGUAUGAGGGCCGUGUCCUAUCUGGCCAUCCGGAAGCCGGCAAAGAAUCUGGCUAUGGGUGGAAGAUUCGAAGUGCUGGAACAAGGAAUACAUGCAUUGAUGCUGUAGACAGUGCAGUUAGUAACUGGAUGCGUUACGUCAACUGUUCAAGGACUGACGCUGAGACUAACCUAUCUGCAUUUCAGUACAAGGGGCAGAUCUACUACAAGACGGACUCUGCAAUUAGCAGGGGGAGCGAGCUGAUGUGCUGGUACGGAGACGAUUUCGGGAAGGAUCUUGGUCUAUCGAGAGAGCCAUCCAAGUGGAUAUCAGCGAAGAAAGACGUAAUAGAUCGACAGUGUGAAUGGUCUGGCUUAGUCUACACCUCGAAAGAUUAUCUAAUGCGUCCCCUAAAAGUGUUCAGAAAGCGUAUUCGCACUUACACGCCGCCAACAUGCUCCACGCGAGGAACCAGCAGCAGUAGUGGCUCAACCAAACAAUCUUUGCGAGAAGAGGCGCCGCAGUUCCCGGAAAAGGCGUCUCAUGAGACGCCAGCAUCUGAUGAAUCGCAGUGUGAUUACAAGUGUGAAUCUGCUGAUAUCCUAAGUCAACAUGUGUUAAUACACAGUGGAAAAGAACUGUUGGAGUGUUCAGAGAGUAGGAAAAGAUUUGCUGACAGUGAUAAGUUGAAGGAAACCCAAAAAAUUGAAUCAGGAGAAAGGCCGUUCGAGCAUUCCGAAUCUGGAAAAAGGUUUAAAGAAAGUGGUGAUCUGAAGAAACCCCAGAGGAUUCACUCAAGAGAAAAGCCGUUCGAGUGUUCCGAGUGUGGAAAAAGGUUUUAUGCAAGUGGUUCUCUGAAGAAACACCAGAGGAUUCACUCAGGAGAAAAGCCGUUCGAGUGUUCCGAGUGUGGAAAAAGGUUUAAUCAAAGUGGUCAUCUGAAGAGACACCAGAGGAUUCACUCAGGAGAAAAGCCGUUCGAGUGUUCCGAGUGUGGAAAAAGGUUUAAUCAAAGUGGUCAUCUGAAGAUACACCAGAGGAUUCACUCAGGAGAAAAGCCGUUCGAGUGUUCCGAGUGUGGAAAAAGGUCUAAUCAAAGUGGUCAUCUGAAGACACACCAGAGGAUUCACUCAGGAGAAAAGCCGUACGAGUGUUCCGAGUGUGGAAAAAGAUUUAGUGAAAGUGGUUCUCUGAAGAAACACCAGAGGAUUCACUCAGGAGAAAAGCCGUUCGAGCGUUCCGAGUGUGGAAAAAGAUUUACCGUUAAUCAAAGUGGUCAUCUGAAGGCACACCAGAGGAUUCACUCAGGAGAAAAGCCGUUCAAGUGUUCCGAAUGUGGAAAAGGGUUUAAUGCAAGUGGUAAUCUAAAAACACACCAGAAGAUCCACAGAGUAGAAAAGCCGUUCGAGUGUUCCGAGUGUGGAAAAAGGUUUUAUGCAAGUGGUUCUCUGAAGAAACACCAGAGGAUUCACUCAGGAGAAAAGCCGUUCGAGUGUUCCGAGUGUGGAAAAAGGUUUAAUCAAAGUGGUCAUCUGAAGAGACACCAGAGGAUUCACUCAGGAGAAAAGCCGUUCGAGUGUUCCGAGUGUGGAAAAAGGUUUAAUCAAAGUGGUCAUCUGAAGAUACACCAGAGGAUUCACUCAGGAGAAAAGCCGUUCGAGUGUUCCGAGUGUGGAAAAAGGUCUAAUCAAAGUGGUCAUCUGAAGACACACCAGAGGAUUCACUCAGGAGAAAAGCCGUACGAGUGUUCCGAGUGUGGAAAAAGAUUUAGUGAAAGUGGUUCUCUGAAGAAACACCAGAGGAUUCACUCAGGAGAAAAGCCGUUCGAGCGUUCCGAGUGUGGAAAAAGAUUUAGUGAAAGUGGUUCUCUGAAGAAACAUCAGAGGAUUCACUCAGGAGAAAAGCCGUUCGAGUGUUCUGAGUGUGGAAAAAGAUUUAGUGAAAGUGGUUCUCUGAAGAAACACCAGAGGAUUCACUCAGGAGAAAAGCCGUUCGAGUGUUCCGAGUGUGGCAAAAGGUUUAGUCAAAGUGGUCAUCUGAAGAAACACCAGAAGAUUCACUCAGGAGAAAAGCCGUUCGAGUGUUCUGAGUGUGGAAAAAGGUUUAAUCAAAGUGGUCAUCUGAAGACACACCAGAGGAUUCACUCAGGAGAAAAAUUCACUUAGGAAAAGCCGUUCGAAUGUUCCGAGUGUGGAAAAAGAUUUAGUGCAAGUGGUUCUCUGAAGAAACACCAGAGGAUUCACUCAGGAGAAAAGCCGUUCGAGUGUUCCGAAUGUGAAAAGUGGGGGUUUAAUGCAAGUGGUAAUCUAAAACACACCAGAAGAUCCACAGAGUGCGCUGAAUUAUUUGUCUCACCUGUACAUUUUGCUUUAGAUUAUGAAAGGAACGCGAUACGGCUCUUGGUGCUGGUGUCCGGCCUACACCAACGAGGUGGUACGGCCGAUUACGGGCAAGCUCGCCGAGAGUAUGAGAAUGAGAGCUUGGGUCAAGCAAGCAAAGUUAAAAGAAAAGAGGUCGGCCACCCUUAUAUUCUGACCAGUGGGCGCAAGCGGGCGCGAACGGACCACGUGGUCCAACCACGCGGUGCGACCCGGUCCAUGUGGCAUGCUAUGCAGUAUGCUAUAUCGCUCGGCACCUACGAUAUAGCAUACUGCAUAGCAUGCCACGUGGUCCGGGUCCGCGCCGCAUGGCAUGCUAUGCAGACGUUUAGAGACAAUAAUAGUGAAAAUUUGACAGCGCCCCUUGCAGCUGCCACUGACUUGGCUGGAGUCGACAGCGACAUAUACUUGCACUGCCACCAACUUGGCUGGAGUCCACAACGGUAUAGCAUCUACUUGGUCGUAGUUUCACACUCCUGGCCCAAGCUGGAGCACUCCACUCUGCCUUCCUCUUGUGACCGCCUUCUUCCACCGCACACGCUUCCCUUAGCUUGCAUACCUGCACUUUAUCUCUCCAUAAUCAUGAAAUUCCAACCACCUCCUCCAGUACCUUCCAGUAGAUAA